GAGUAAAAAGUAAACAGCUUGGCUUGGACACUCGCUCACACCUUAUCUCCUGUGAUGCACGCACAACUGUGUUGCACUAUCCAUAGUAUCUCAGAGAGACUGUCACGAAGAGAGAAGGAGACAACAGAAGUUUGGAGCUGGUUGCCUACCAGUUAUGCAGUACAACAGAACGCGUAGGCCGCUUUGUUCUCAGAGGAGACAAAAAGAUGACAAAUGAUAACCUGAAUAAGCUGUUGGUAUUUUGUGUAUUAUUUUGCGCUCAGAAAACGUCCAUUGUGCAUGGUGCACAAGCUUUGGAAACUAAAGUGGCUCUGCUGCUCCACGCUGAGCCAGAGAUUCCAAAGUGCUUUGCUGAAGGGAUGKCGGACCUCACCUGCUUCUGGGAGGAGGAUGAGGAAAGGACUGGCUCUGCUGACCAAUACUCAUUCAUAUACACAUACCAGAAUGAGAACAGUAGUGAGUGUGCCGUAACUGCCCUACCAGCAGCAGGCGGCAAGAGGCUGUAUUUUUGCAGGUUGUCCCAGACUCAAUUAUUUGUGCCCCUUGACAUCCGGGUGUUUCGGGACGACCUGCUGAUCCACAACCGCAGUCUCUUCAUUGAACUUGUCUUCCUGUUAGACCCGCCUGCCAAUCUGACAUUGACGAGUACAGGACGCAGGGGCAGCUGA